GUGGUUUCGCGUCUCUCCAACCCCGUGGUUUCGGCCGAUGGAGCAUGACCUGGACGAUGGGCGGCAGGACUUUCUCUUGACCAUUGGCCCAGGAGGUCCUGCCAUGCAUCGCUUCGUGCAGGAGGAGCUCCAAGCGACGCUGGACGUGGAACACGUCGAGCGCUUCGGACAGGCUCGAUUCUUCUUCUCGGCAAGCAUCCAUCCCAUCGAGCGCUUCUUCAGGCUCCGCUCACCGGAGAAGCUCUACGCCGUGGUGCUGCGGCAGAACGCCUUGGAGCUGCCGCCGUGGCCGGACGAGCGGGAGGCGGCUGAGGAGCAGCUGGCGCGGCAGGUGGCCUCGCGCGGUGCCUGGACCGACGCGCUGCGUGCGUGGCAGCGCUUUGGACGAGAGGGCGUGCAAAGCUUCCGCGUCACCGCGAAGCGCGCGGGGAAGCUGGCCGCGCAUUUGAGUUCCAACGGCAUCGCCGAGUUCGUGGGUGAGGCGCUGGCCGAAGCCAUGGGCUGGACCGUGGACUUGCACGACUACGACCUCGAGGUCAUGAUCCACCUUAACGAUGAGCACUUGAUUGCGUGUUUGCCUUUGCUGGAGCGGAGCUGUCAACAGGCUCAACUGCCUUUCCCUGGCCUCUCCCAGCCGGUAGCUUGGGCCAUGGCCAGGACCGUUGAACCCUCUCCUGGGGACUUGGUGCUUGAUCCGAUGUGUGGCUCUGGCAUCCUUUUGCUGGAGGCAGCACAGUGCUGGCCUGGCGCCUUCUAUUUGGGCUUGGACGACGAUCCGAAGCAGCUGGAGCGCUCUCGGAAGAAUUCCGCGGUCCUGGAGGCGGCUCCAUGUGCUUCGCUGUCCUUCGGCCGGAGCGACGCCCGACGGCUGCCGCUCAAGAGCUCUUCCGUCGACGCAGUGCUUUGCGACCUCCCCUUCGGCAAGCAGUACGGCAGCGAAGAGGACAACCUGGCCUUGUACCCCGCAGUGCUGGCGGAAUUCUGGCGAGUCUUGCGCUUGGGCACCGGGCGAGCGGCGCUGCUCACGAACCAGGCCAACUCCAAGACCUUGAUCCAGGCGAUGGCAGGGCGAUGGCAUGUCGAGUGCCAACGCAAAGUGCUGUUGGGGAACAUGGAGGCCUUGCUCUUCUUGGCCACGCCCGUGGAGACGGACGGCGCUUCUUCGGGGUAUCCGGCGAAGCACGCCAAGCAGGGCUGUCGACUCCCAUGGGAAGAUGCCACCGGACGGCGCCAGUGGUCUGCUAUGAAGGCGACCUUACGGCCUCCCUUGCGGCUGGUGACCGGUGGAAAGAAGUGCCGAAGAGGACUGCCCCGCAGACGCGCCACCGCCGCGGUCGCGCCACCGCCGCGGCCGGGCCUUUCGGGACGGCAUCCGACAGGGCCAGCGGCUUCGUCCGGGGUGCCACGGGAUACACCACCCGUGGCAGGGUAGCUACCCAGACGAAGGGGACUUGGCAGUGACCAGACGGUUUUUCC